GUCACGUGACAGAGCGGCGUCACUCCGAGCCCAGUCACAUGAUUGUGAUGUCAGCAAAGGUCCUUUAGGCCCCCGGAAUCCAGCGUCCACCGUCCGGCCAGGCGGAGUGGGAGCGGACAGAGUGCGGGGAGACGACGGCUUCCGUUAGCAGAUUUUUGCAACAUUUGAACACCAGCUGCCUGUCCCUAACAGCCCCUAGAGGAUCCCGCACAGUCCUCCAACUUUUGGAGUGCUCCUUGUAAAUUUGUUUCAAGGAAAUGGCCGGAAGAGGAGCAGCAAGGCCGAAUGGUCAGUCACAGGGCAGUAAAAUCUGCCAGUUCAAGUUGGUAUUGCUGGGUGAAUCUGCAGUGGGCAAAUCCAGUCUGGUGUUGCGUUUUGUCAAGGGGCAGUUUCAUGAAUUCCAGGAGAGCACAAUCGGAGCUGCAUUUCUCACACAGUCAGUUUGCCUGGAUGACACAACAGUAAAAUUUGAGAUCUGGGAUACAGCGGGACAAGAACGAUAUCACAGUCUGGCUCCUAUGUACUAUCGAGGUGCACAGGCUGCCAUCGUGGUCUAUGACAUCACUAACCAGGAGACCUUUGCCAGAGCAAAGACAUGGGUUAAAGAGCUACAGAGACAAGCCAGCCCAAACAUCGUGAUUGCGCUCUCUGGCAACAAGGCAGACCUUACUAAUAAACGCAUGGUUGAAUAUGAAGAAGCCCAGGCCUAUGCAGAUGACAACAGCUUGUUAUUUAUGGAAACCUCCGCCAAGACAGCCAUGAAUGUCAAUGACCUGUUUCUUGCAAUAGCUAAGAAGCUGCCAAAAAAUGAGCCUCAGAACACGAGCGGGGCUGCAGGCCGCAGCCGGGGCGUGGAUCUACAUGAGCAGACACAGCAGAACAAGAGCCAGUGCUGCAGCAAUUAACAGAGGAGAUGAAAGCAAUGGGGAAUCAAGAUAAGAUUAUAACCUCUCUUCCUGCACCUGCCCUGCUACCCUCCAGAACUACAACUAAACACCUUUCCAGCACCUCACUCUUCUGCCAGGACUUUCCCUUUUGCACUUCCUUCCUUUCCCUUCACCAACGGAUAACAGCACACACAUGGAAACAAAGCGGCCGGCUUAAAACUGUCCCUUCCACCUCCCACACCUCUGCAGCCCUCAGAAACCUUCCCGCUAACUGCACUAUUGUGGGUUUUAAUUUUUUUUUUUGGUUCUUUUUAACGCUUCCGACAAACACACACAGACUACUCUUGGUGACAGCAAAUGAAAGCAUCUGGGGACCUUGCCUUCAGAACAGAGUAAACAAGAAAAGAAGCAAAAAAAUGAGAAAAACAAAAAACUGUUACUACUUU